AUGGGGAAGUAUAGGAAGAGAUUCAACGAGAAGGCGAGAACUGGUAUGCUUGCCAAGCAAGCUGCUUUGAAAAAGGCGAGAAAUAAACAGUUCUACACUCAGGAUGAUGGAACAAAUUCGCAUGAUGAUGUUGGUGAUGAUAACCCUCCAUCAGCUGAUAUUCCAAUAAAUGCACAAAAUACAGAUUCAAAUGCAGAGAUACUUGCCCCAGUAUCUGAAGAAGAACGACUAGCAAGGAAAAGAGCAUUGGAAGAAAACUUGUAUACUCAGAAUUCUAAAGAUGAAAAAUUAUCCAAAGCCAAAAAGAAGAGGCUUGACAAGUACAUUGAACAUCAACUCAAAAGAGAGGAGAAAAAAGAGCUUUUGAGGAAAUUAGAAGAGACAAAAAUGGAUACAUCAAAGCUCUCAGCUUUGAAGGAUUUAGGGAAAGGGCGCUUGACGAAAAGGGAACAGAUGGUGGAGGCUCUAGAGUUGGAAAAGCAAGGACGUGGAGACGAAAAUACGCGAGAGACAUUGUAUGAAGAGAGAGUCGUAAAGGAUUUCAGUGAGGAUGAAAGUGCUGAAGAGGAGGGCACCGAAGAGAGAAGUUCUUCCUUGAACACUAGUACACCGCUGAGCACAUUUCUUGAUAACAGACCGUCCAAAUUUGGAGGUGCAGGAAUGGGAUUUGGAUUCAAGAAUGUUCCAGUGAUUAAACGGGAUACCGAAGUGGCAAAGAAAAAGUAUAGUUGGAGAAAAAGGGUUCAAGAUGAGGACAAAAAAAGACAAAAGCAGGAGGAUUUAGAUGAUUUCGUAUCUAGCUCGGAAGACGCACUGCUGUCUGAUGAGGAAAGUGGAGAAGAAGACGAUGAUACAGAAGGCGAGUCCACAGAAGAAGAAAAUGAAACUAAUGGGAGAGCCCUGCGGAUGCUGACUGGCGAUAGUGAAAACACCAGCUCUUCUGAGCAUGAUGACAGUGGAGAAGAUUCAGAUCAAGGUGGCCAAGCUGAGGUUGAGGAGGUAGAAGCCAGCAACGAAAGUAAUGACGUUGAUGAAGACGACGAAGACGACGAAGACGAUGACGAUGAAGACGACGACGAUGAAGACGAAGACGAUGAAGACGAAGACGAUGAAGAUGACGACGAUGAAGAUGGCGACGAUGAAGACGACGACGAUGACGACGAAGACGAUGAUGACGACGACGAUGAACACCCAACCAAACUUAUGCAAAACAAACCGAAGCACUCAAAAACUGCAACCUCAUUCAAAGACUGGGCCGAGCAACAGCUUCGUCACAUUGAAGGUCGUGAUAACGUCCCCCUCGUUGCAGAGGUGUCUGAUGAAAUCAAGCAAAAAUACUCCAAGCGUAAUGUUAGACCCGAGGAUGUUGACCACAUGUCAGAGGAAGAGGGCUACAUUUCUAUUGAUCAGGAUAUGCAAAGAGACGCCUUCGUUGUAGAUGUCCAAAGACUGGACGAUGUUCAACAACAAAGGGUUUUGUUACCUGUGUACGCGGAGGAACAUAGAAUCAUGGAAGCAAUAUACCAUCAUGAUUGUAUCAUUCUUUGUGGUGAGACGGGUUCAGGUAAAACAACUCAAGUUCCUCAAUUUCUAUAUGAGGCUGGGUUUGGUAACCAUGGUAAUAAGUUAUACCCAGGAAUGAUUGGAGUAACACAGCCAAGAAGGGUUGCAGCAGUUUCAAUGGCUGAAAGGGUAGGAAAUGAGUUGGGGAAUCACAAGAGCAGAGUUGGUUAUCAGGUUCGAUUUGACACGUCUAUAAAGAAUGAAGGUACCGAGAAUGGAACGGCGCUUAAAUUCAUGACUGAUGGUGUUUUGUUAAGGGAAAUGAUGACAGAUUUCCUUUUGACAAAGUACUCUUCAAUAAUCAUUGAUGAGGCUCAUGAAAGAAAUAUCAAUACUGACAUAUUAAUCGGAAUGCUUACCAGGGUCGUAAAAUUGAGAAGAAAGCAUUACAUGGAAAAGAAGAAAAAUGUGACACCAUUAAAGUUGAUAAUCAUGUCGGCUACAUUGAGAGUGUCGGAUUUCUCUGAGAACCCAACCUUGUUUCAAACCUCGCCCCCAAUAAUCAAUGUUGAAGCAAGACAGUAUCCUGUUUCGGUUCACUUUGAUAAAAAAACCGAAUUCAACUACAUUGAUGCAGCAUUCAACAAGGCAUGCAAAAUCCAUCGAAAGCUACCUCCUGGUGGUAUCUUGAUAUUCUUGACGGGUCAAAAUGAGAUCAAAACAUUGGUCAAAAGACUCAAGGAAGAGUUUCCAGAAACCAAAAAUAAACUGGUUGAGAACGAGGAAGAAACUCAGGAUGUGAGAGUUUCAGAAAAUGUGCAACAAGAGGUUGAGGAUGUGGACUUUAGCGUUAAAAUUGAAGACGGAAAGACAUAUGACGACUAUAACGACUCCAAUGGGGAGGAGGAGGAGGAGGAAGAAGGGUUCGAGGAAGCUCAGAACGCCUCUGAGUCCGAAAUAGGACCGCUUCAUGUGUUGCCCUUAUACUCACUUUUGCCUACUAACCAGCAAAUGCGAGUUUUUGAUGAGCCACCAGCAGGAAGCAGACUCUGUAUUGUUGCUACCAAUGUGGCAGAGACUUCGUUGACGAUUCCCGGAAUACGCUAUGUUAUUGAUUGUGGAAGGUCAAAAGAGCGAAAUUACAACAAGGAGAACGGAGUGCAAUCAUUUGACGUCGACUGGAUAUCCAAAGCCUCGGCUGACCAAAGAGCUGGUAGAGCUGGUAGAACGGGUCCCGGACACUGUUAUCGGUUGUUUUCUUCGGCAGUGUAUGAAGAAUUCUUCCCCCAAUUCAGCAUUCCCGAAAUACUCCGAACUCCUUUCGAGAGUAUAGUGUUGAGCAUGAAAAGCAUGGGAAUUGAUCACAUUGUCAACUUCCCAUUCCCGACUCCUCCAGAUAGAGCCGCUUUGAAGAAAGCAGAGGAGUUGUUGGUGGUUUUGGGUGCACUCGACAAGGAUCAAAAGCAGAUAACUGAGUUGGGAAGAAAGAUGUCUUUAUUCCCAUUGAGUCCGAGAUUUGCCAAAAUUCUCAUCAUUGGAAACCAACAAAAUUGUUUGGAGUACAUUAUUGCAAUUGUGUCAGCAUUGUCAGUUGGUGAUCCGUUUAUUCCUGAAAAUGAAUUAAUAGGGAACAUGACAGAGGAGGAAAGAAAAGCUUUCAGAAGCAGGUUUUAUCAAUCUAGAGCAUUAUUUUCGAAAUUAGAUCCUUCAAGUGAGUGUUUGAUGUUGUUGUCUGCGGUUUGCGCUCUAGACCAUAUUCCUGCCGAUCGCAUAAAUGAGUUCAUGUCCACAAAUUAUUUGCGACAAAAGAUGAUGCAAGAAAUUCAAAAGCUAAGAGUGCAAGUAGCGCAAAUUGUUGAAAGAUGCUUGAUAUCAAAAUCUGGGGCUCAAUUGAUUCACAAGAAGAAAUUGGAUGUCCCUAACCCCAAACAAGUUUCCGCGAUGAAGCAAAUGAUUGCAUCGGGAUUUGUCGACCACGUUGCUAUUAGAGGUGACCUUAUAUCGGCUGAUGUCAAGAUAGCCAACAAGACCAAUAUUAGUAACAUCCCGUAUUGUCCUGUUCUUCCUUUUGAAAUGGAUCCAUUUGUCUAUAUUCACGCUAACUCAUUGAUGAGCAGAAGUGGGAAAUUGCCUAGUCCAUACCUUGUCUAUCAAAACCUCAGCUCCAAGUCAAACACUACUGAAGUAGAAGAGCACACUAAGAUUCGAAUGAAGCCAUUGGUUGAUAUCACUGGAAAGCAAUUGACAAAUAUUGCAAAGAGCUCUGGUUUAAUCACCUACUCCAAACCCUUGGGUCAUCCAUAUGCGCCAAAGAAUCUAUCCCCAACUAAACGAGAAUGCUAUGUAGUUCCCAGGUUUGGUGCAUCAGUCGGAAGUGGUGGGGUUGGUUGGGAUCUACCUGCAAUCAAAGUCAUACAAGAGAAACGACACGGCUCUUGGGUCAUUGUAUAG